AUGAGUAAAGGAAAUCUCCAAUUGAAAAGACUCGUACUGAGGAAAGCAAGCUGAAGCUCCUCAGUCGACUCUAAGCGAGGAUUUUCAUUCUCGCAAUUGCCAGGGAAAGAUCAGAGAAAUAGCGAUUUGUGGUCUCCACUUGCAAACUCCUGUAAGCCUCAGAAGCAGGUGGAGUUCAAAUUCGAUGCCAAUUUCACAGAAUUUUUAAAACACAACCAUAAAAGUUGCCUUCAAGGGCUCAAUCCAAGAGUGGUGACUUAUGAAGGGCUCUCUGAGAUGUUCGAGUCUCGGACCAGACAAACAGUGAAGGUCCGAGCGAGGUUGAACAAGAGCUACUCAAGAGAGCGCCUUAGAGAGUCACGGAAGCCAAUUGAACAGAAGCAGAUGGUCAAGAUCGAGGAGAACUUUGAACUGCCGCCUGUCCAAGGGUUGUACAAGUAUGAACGGAGAGGAAAAGCCAGGCACAAGCCUUCUGAGUCACAGAAUAAGAAGAUCAAAUUGAAGAUAAAGUCCAGACUAAGGAUGCUCAAACAGGAUUUCAGCAGCAAAAAUUUAUUUAAAUUUCCCAGAAUCUAA